AUGAUCUGUCUCGCCAAUCCUCUAUCGAAAGAUAUCACGUGUCGGAAGAUACAUGAUCUGUCUCGCCAAUCCUCUAUCGAAAGAUAUCACGUGUACCGGAAGAUCGAUCUGUCUCGCCAAUCCUCUAUCGAAAGAUAUCACGUGUACCGGAAGAUACAUGAUCUGUCUCGCCAAUCCUCUAUCGAAAGAUAUCACGUGUACCGGAAGAUACAUGAUCUGUCUCGCCAAUCCUCUAUCGAAAGAUAUCACGGAAGAUACAUGAUCUGUCUCGCCAAUCCUCUAUCGAAAGAUAUCACGUGUACCGGAAGAUACAUGAUCUGUCUCGCCAAUCCCUAUCUAUCGAAAGAUAUCACGUGUACCGGAAGAUACAUGAUCUGUCUGCCAAUCUAUCCGAAAGAUAUCCGUGUACCGGAAGAAAGCCAAUAUCAAGAUAUCCGUGUACCGGAAGAAUCUGUCCGUAAUCCUGUAUCGAAAGAUAUCACGUGUACCGGAAGAUCGCAUGAUCUGUCUCGCCAAUCCUCUAUCGGACGUGUAGAAGAUACAUGA